AUGAGCAAGGCUCACCCUCCUAAACUGAAGAAAUUUAUGGAUAAGAAUUUAUCAUUGAAGUUAAAUGGUGGUAGACAUGAACAAGGAAUACUUGGCCUUGAUCCCUCUAUGAAUCUUGUGAGUGAUGAGUUUGUGGAGAUGGCACCUAGUGGGCAUCAGAAUAACAUUGGAAUGUUGGUCACACAAGGAAAUGGCAUCAUCAUGUAUGAAGCCUUGCAGAGUCUGAACAAUGGCUGUUCAGCACAGGAGUCCACAUCUCUCCCCAAAGGGCCUAUUUGA